AUGGGUUGUGAUUUUAGGUUCUCAGCAGAUAUCGCUUCUAAAAAAGGUCUGAGUGCUGCUGAACUCACUGCCGUUGAAGCUAUUCAUAAGGCCGUUGAAUUUAAUCCUCAUGUGCCAAAAUAUCUCCUUGAAAUGAAGCCACUUAUUUUGCCACCAGAGCAUAUUCUAAAACGUGGUGAUAGUGAGGCAGUGGCAUACGCUUUUUGGCAUAUUCAUCACUGGAAACAAGUCGAAGGAGCUCUCAAUCUUUUGCUUUGUACUUGGGAGGGAACCUUUCGGAUGAUACCGUUUCCACUAGAAAAGGGGCAUAUGUUUUAUCCGUAUCCAGCGUGCACAGAAGCUGCUGAUCGGGAGCUCUUACCAGCGUGGCACGAAAUCAGCGUCUAUCCAAAGAAGGAAUUACCUUUCAUGACACUGUUCACUGCCGGACUGUGCUCAGGAACAGCAGUUCUUGCACUCCUUACGCAUCAGUACCCAGGAACUGCCGCAGAAGUUAUCGCUGUGGUAUGUGCGUAGUU